ACCAGCACUGGGCUGAUCCCGGUAGUGAGGGAUUGGAGCAUCCCAAGGAUGGUUGGAUCCAAGGAUCCCACCUUGGGGGCAGAGCAUCUGCCUUGGGCUGAUCCCAGUAGUGAGGGAUCAGAGCAUCUCAAGGGCGGUUGGAUCCAAGGCAAUAGCGGCUCCCCUGUGGGGCAGUGAAUGAUCAGAGCAUCCCAUGGGCGGUUUGAUCCCACCUUGGGAAGCACGUGGUGCUCUCUCCAACCCCACUGUGCGGGUGGGAUGGGGAUAGGGGCUCUGCCUCUCUCUGUUGGACAUCCCCAUGGUGAUGGGGAGGAGGAAUCCCAGCACACGAGGUGCUGGAUCCACAAUGCCCGGUGCUCUCCGUGGAUUCAUGGACCAUAUCCCUCUCCCCACACGCACACAGCCUCUGCUUUGCCCCCCCCUUGCAGCACCACAGCCUUCAUGUGAGAGAUGGCGAAUGCCGAAGUGAGCGUCCCUGUGGGUGAUGUGGUGGUUGUACCAAGUGACGGCAACGAAGGGGAGAACCCGGAGGAUACCAAAACCCAGGUGAUCCUGCAGCUCCAGCCGGUGCAGCAAGGGAUUUACCAGGAGAGUUCCGAGGCCAGUGCCGCCGUGGUGGCUGUCGAAACCCACACCAUCCACAAGCUAGAAGAAGGGAUCGACCCCAGCAGCAUCGAGGCGAACGAGGAGAUUGAGAUCGCCUACCCCAUCACGUGCGGGGAGAGCAAAGCCAUCCUGCUCUGGAAGAAGUUUGUCUGCCCAGGGAUUAAUGUCAAGUGUGUGAAGUUCAAUGACCAACUGAUCAGCCCAAAGCACUUUGUCCACCUGGCUGGGAAGUCCACCCUGAAGGACUGGAAGAGAGCCAUCCGCCUCGGAGGCAUCAUGCUGAGGAAGAUGAUGGACUCAGGGCAGAUUGACUUCUACCAGCACGACAAAGUGUGCACCAACACUUGCAGAAGCACCAAGUUCGAUCUCCUCAUCAGCAGCGCCAGAGCACCAGUGCCGGGGCAGCAGAGCGUGGUGCAGACCCCUACAUCAGCUGAUGGGAGCAUCACCCAGAUUGCGCUGUCAGAGGAGAGCAUGGAGGAGGGCAUCGAGUGGAACUCAGCUCUGACAGCUGCUGUGACCAUGGCCACUGAGGAAGGCAUGAAAAAGGACACGGACGAGAUCUCGGAGGACACUCUGAUGUUCUGGAAAGGAAUAGCUGAUGUGGGGCUGAUGGAAGAGGUUGUGUGCAACAUCCAGAAGGAGAUAGAAGAAGUCCUAAGAGGUGUCCAGCAGAGGCUGGGUCAGUCUCCUUUCCAGAUGACAGAUGCUGCAGUCCUGAACAACGUUGCCCACACGUUUGGCCUGAUGGACACGGUCAAGAAGGUUCUGGACAACAGGAAAAACCAGACAGAGCAAGGAGAGGAGCAGUUUCUUUACACUCUGGCAGACCUGGAGCGGCAGCUGGAAGAGCAGAAGAAACUGGCCAAGGACCAGAAGGCGAAGUCCCAAACCAUCCAGAACGUGGUGCUAAUGCCCGUCAGCGCUCCCAAGCCCCCUAAGAGACCCCGCUUGCAGCGCCCGGCCUCUGCCACCGUCCUCAGCCCUUCCACCCCUAUCCAGCAGCCCCAGUUCACCGUCAUCUCGCCCAUCGCCAUCGCGCCCGUCGGACAGCAGUUCUCCGUCGGGAACAUCCCGGUGGCCACCAUCAGCCAAGGCUCCAGCCCGGUGACUGUUCACACCUUGCCUUCCGGCUCCCAGCUCUUCCGCUACGCCACCGUGGUGUCCUCCUCCAAGACCAGCUCCUCCGACACCGUCACCCUCCACCCGUCCUCCAGCCUGGCGCUGCUCAGCUCGGCGGCCAUGCAGGACAGCGGGGCCCUGGCCAACGUGGCCACCGUGGUGAACCCCGUGGAGCUGGUGGCCAUGGAGUCCGGGCUCACCUCCACCAUCCAAGCCGUGGAGGGCACCUCGGAUGAUGGGCAGACCAUCAUAGAGAUUGACCCGGCGCCCGAUCCCGAAGGCGAUGCAGAGGAGGCGGAGGGGAAAGCGGUGAUCCUGGAGACGGAGCUGAGGACUGAGGAGAAAGUGGUGGGAGAUGGGGAGGAGCAUCAGCACCAGGUUCAUAACGUGGAGAUUGUGGUCUUGGAGGACUAAAAGUGGGGGAAAACGAGCUUCAGUCUGGGGAAAGAGUUGGGGAAUUUGGUUUCAUUUGAAGCUUUUUUUGGUGGAGCAUCUUUUCCAGCCACCCCAUUUGUUUCCACGGCUGUUUCAUUGUCCUGUAUAGAAUAGAGAUAGCUCUAAUCUGGGGGGGUUUAAACACACAAAAAGCUGGAGGAACACAGGAGACUUGGCUCUGUGGAGCACUGAACAACACCCCCUGUUUGCAGGGUCCUGGAGAGACUGGAUCCGUGCUCACCAGCCCAGCCGGGAGGAACUGGACACUGGGCCCGGAGGGUCACCAAGCCUUGGUGUGACUGUGGAAGGGGACACAGCUUUGGGGUGGACCAGGUACCUCAUUUGGAGUUUUCCCCCUGGGAAGGGGAUUCUCUCGGACUCAUCACUCUCACCUCAACUGGGAAUUUUUUAUUGUUAUUAUUAUUAUUAUAUUAUUGUUAAUGUUAUUAUCCAUGCUCUGGGGGGGAGGCAGUGGUUCUGCUGUCACUGUCCUCACCCUCCCCUCCACACAGGUUGCAUUUAUAGCUCCAUUGGUUUGGAUUUGUUUGCUCUUUCCCAUCAUUAGUCCAUGAUCCUUGUCCACAUUUCCCCAAUGCAAAGCCCCAGGACCUUCUGUCUGGCUCCCUGGAUCCCAGUCCCACAGCACUUUUCCCCCCAUCCCUUUCCCUUGGUGCCACUCCCCACCAUCCCUUCAGCCUUUUGCAUCAAGGCUCAAUCGAUCAACUCAAGCUUAAACCCCUCGAAUUCCCCUUUUCCCUUCGCUGCUCCACGCCACAGGGACAUUAUGGGAUGUACAAAGCAUGUUGUGCUGUCGCUAUCCCGGGAAUGCUAGGCUCCGGAUCGGGACAGCUCCCAUUUGCACUGUGUGCUGGGGCUGCUCCGUGCUUGUCGCUACUUGUUGGGUGGGUUUCAUUUGGGCUUAUUCCUUUCUUUUCCUUCCUAUAAUCCCUGUGCAGGAUUAGAACCAGCACAGGGCUGGAAUAACGGGGUUUUCCCUCUGCUUUAGGUGGAUUUUGCCCUGAGUCCGGGGUCUCUUUGGGUUCUGCCAUGGUGGGAAGAGGGGAAAGAGGUAUGGGAAGGCUGAAGGAGGGGGAGCUGCUUGCCUGGAACUAUUAAAGAACACACCAUAGGCGGGGGAGGGGGGAGGAUGGAAGGAAGAUGUGUUUGCCUAUUUUUUUGGAUUAAAAAGGAAAAGUGGAAAACUGGA